UUGGAUCCUGUCCCGUCAUGUAUCAUGAACACCGUGGCCAGAUCCCAGACCCAAAGCUGUCUCUAGCUAUCCUUAAUUAGCACAGGAAGAAACCUUGCCCCACUGUAAGGAAUGGUCUGAAGAUAACCUGUCGGCAACCACAGAGAAAGAGAGGGAGGGAGAGAGAGCAGGAGUGAGAGAGAGAGAUAUUUUGAGUUGUAAGUGGAGUUUUGUGUCUGGUCAUCAUACUCUGAUACUCAAGGAGAGAAGCAGAGAAGAGAGUCCGACAGAGAGAGAGCGAGAGACAGAGAGAGACAGACAGAGUGGAGUUUUGUGUCUGGUCAUGAUCCACUGGGCGGCUUAAGAAUGGAGGGUCAACAAUCUGAAAUGGAGAUAGAGGUCCCUGAAUACUCUGACUUUGUGGAGCAAGAACAGAUUCAGAAGAGAACCUUCACCAACUGGAUCAAUGCUCAACUAUCUAAGAGGAGCCCUCCCACAACAGUGCUGGACCUGUUCUCUGACCUUAGAGAUGGGGCUCGCCUCCUUGACCUGCUCGAGGUGAUGAGCGGCCAGCGCAUGAAACGGGAGAGGGGCCACGGGUUUUUUCAGCACAGGGGUAACAUUCAGACGGCCUUGAACUUCCUCAAGAAGAAAUCGGUUAAACUGGUGAACAUCAACAUCCCGGACAUCAUCGAGGGACGUCCCUCCAUCAUCCUGGGCCUCAUAUGGACCAUCAUCCUCCACUGUCACAUUGAGGAGCUGGCCAGCACACUGUCCUUCAGCUCACGCCACUCUUCCUUGGACUCCCUGGCCAGUCUGGACUCUCGCUCCAGUAGCCCUGCCCUGGGAAGCCCAACCCCAGGUAGUCCUGCCCCUCGCGGGCGAGCUUCGCCCCUCCACACUCGCUUCCGCGUCUCGGCCAAGAAGGCCCUGCUGACGUGGGUCCGAGACCAGUGCCAAAGGGCUGACUGCUCCCUCAGUGUCAAGGACUUUAAGUGCAGCUGGCGCAGUGGGAUGGCAUUCCUGGGCAUCCUGUGUUCUCUGAGGCCAGACCUGGUGGACCUAACUCAGGCCCAGUCUAGAAGCAACCAGCAGAACUUGGAGGAGGCCUUCCGUCUGGCUGAGCAGGAGCUACACAUCCCCCGUCUGCUGGAGCCCCAGGACGUUGACGUGAAAGACCCAGACGAAAAGUCCAUCAUGACCUAUGUGGCCCAAUUCCUGCAGUAUUCCAAUGACCUCCCCACACCACCCGACGAUGAUGACCUGCAGGCCUCACCUAAUCAAAGGGCCCGGGAGGUGACCUGCUGGCUACAACGGGCCUAUCAGGAGCUGCUGGAGGUGUGGGCCUCCACGGAGAAAAAAGCCUAUGCAGAGCGGUAUCAGGCAUUCCAGGCAUUUGCGGUCUCCUUUAGUGAGCAGCGACGGCCAGUGAUGCCCCUGUUGGGAGCCAUGCGACGCUGCCCGGAGCCCAGCGAGGAGCAACGUGCCCUAAGAGCAGCCUGGGACUGCCUGGAAGAGAAGGUGAGAGAAAUUCAGGAAGUAAACUGA